AUGCUUGAAAUCGUGCAAACAUUUUCAAGACAUCUCAUAAACGUGAAGUCUGAAGAAAAGUGUGUGUGGAACGUAAAGAACCGACCUUUGAUAUUUCUGUUGAUAUUACUAUUGGUUGUCUCGGUAAUUGGAGCGUUGAUUUACUUCACCACAGACAUAUUCAAUAAACCUCAAGCAAUAAAAUACGAACCCUUACAAUUUGAACGACUUCUCAGUGCCGACUACGAACCUAAUCUUUUCAAUGGGACAUGGGUCCAAGGUGAUGAAAUAUUGAUGAAAGACGACAAAGGAGAUAUUGUACUGUUUAAUGUGAAGAAUUUGAACACGAUAGUCUUGGCAAACUCUACUAGAAAAAAUGUCGUAAACGCCUUCCAAUACGAUCUCUCUGCCGACAAGCAAUACCUUCUUUUGGCUUAUCGCUACAAAAAGGUUUACAGGCACUCAUUUACUGCUUUCUACGAUAUAAUCAACGUUAAAACUGGAGAACAAUUCACGUUGCAAAACCGGGACUCAGUCAGCCCGUGGGAUUUGCAGUUGGUCAAGUGGUCACCCGUCGGGCAUAGUUUAGCGAUCGUGGAUCAUAACAAUAUAUAUUACAUACAAGACGUUAAUAACCUGACAAGCACCGUACAGUUGACAUUCACGGGUGGCUCGGAAUUGUAUAAUGGCAUUCCUGACUGGGUGUAUGAAGAGGAAAUAUUUAGUUCAAACAGCGCCACGUGGUUUUCGAAGCAAGGAAACCGAGUGGCGUACGCGUCGUUCAACGACUCAUCGGUGCCCAUGAUGCAAAUACCUGUGUACGGUUUCCCGGGAAACCUAGCUUACCAGUACCCGAGUAUCGUCAGUAUUCACUACCCGAAGGUCGGCGUUCACAACCCGAAGGUAGAAUUGUUCGUUCAACGUCUGGACGUGAUCGGUGAAAAACCUGAACCCAUACGCAUCGAGCCACCAAAAGAACUAACUUCAGUCACUAAAAAUAUUAUUCUGAAUACGGUAGUAUGGUCAGAUGAUACAAACCUAUUUGCAAUGUGGAUGAACCGAAUACAGAACAAAUCAUAUUUAGUUCAUUAUUCCGUCUUCAAUUCUGCAGAAAGUGUUAACGUAGUGACUUUUAGUCAACCCGGUGGAUGGUUGGAUUUCACUCAAAUACCAUUGGUCGGCGAAGGACACCGCCUGGCUAUAAUUUAUCCCGUGAGACAAUCGAACGGAGAUGAUUUCAAGCACUUGGUCGUGGUGGAACCCGAUGGAAAACUGACACCAGUAACAAGUGGCAAGUUCGAAGUCCUCGAACUUCUGAAAUGGGACGUCCAGUCAAAUUACAUUUACUAUUUGGCCAACACGGAAGAAAAUCCGGAAGAACAGUAUCUGUACCGGGUGUUGGUUAAAGAACAAAAUUCACCAGAAUGUAUGUCCUGCAAGACGGAAUGUAAAAAUCACAAAGCAGAUAUGAGUGUGGAAGUCGAUUAUUAUGCGCUCAUAUGUUCUGGUCCAAACGUACCAGAAGUCAAAAUUUUUAAAACGACUGGUGAAAAGGCUUUGGACUGGGAAACGAACGAACAACUCAAAGAUUUAAUAUCUCCGAUCACUCUUCCCCGAGUGUCAUUCAUCGACGUACCCAUCGGUAACGACUUCAAGGCUCGCGUCCGUCUAAUACUACCGCCGGCUGUCGACGAAAGCUCGGACGUCAAGUAUCCUCUGUUGGUCAACACUUAUGCUGGUCCCGGAUCAAAUUUGGUUAUCAACAAGUUUUCGUUGGAAUGGAACAUGUUUUUUAGUUCGAGCAAAAAUGUGAUCGUAGCUCAAAUCGACGGCCGUGGGUCAGGAAGAAGAGGUAAUAGAAACACGUUUGCCAACUACCUGAAAUUGGGUACCUACGAAAUCGAAGACCAGAUAUCCGUCGCGAGUUAUCUCCAGGAACGAUUUUCCUUCAUUGACAAAUCCAAAACAGCAAUUUGGGGUUGGAGUUAUGGCGGUUACACGGCUGCCAUGGCUUUGACUAAAGACGACAAAAACGUGUUCAAAUGCGGAUUGUCCGUCGCUCCUGUCACCGACUGGAUAUACUACGACUCGAUAUAUACGGAACGUUACUUGGGCUUGCUUCAAGAUAACACAAGUGGAUACAAAAACGCGAGUCUAUUGACACACGCAGAAAAACUUCGUGGCAAGAAAUAUAUGGUUAUACAUGGCACGUAUGAUGACAACGUCCAUUACCAACAAUCCAUGAUGCUUUCCUAUGAACUGGAACGAAGAGUUAUACUUUUCAGACAACAAACUUAUCCUGAUGAAUCGCAUGGUCUAUUAAGCGUUCGCAAUCACGUGUAUCAAACAAUAGGUUCAUAUUUGUUAGAUUGUUUCAACGGCAGGUUGUGA